GACUUUACCAUUAAAUUAUUGCAUUUUAAGCCUACAUCUGCAUACAAUAAUACAUCUGUUGGUUUAUACAGCGUGAUUUCCCACUUGGAAAAUCCAUCAGUUAUUCGUAUGCCUGGUUUAUAAAUCAUCUUGUAUUAAUAACUAAUUACUUACCAUUAAUAGAGCACAUGGAACACAUAUUUUGUGUGCUUCAAUAAAAACGCAGUCAUAGGGUCUUAUGUGUAUAGUUGCUGCAAGAAAUGGAAAACAGUCGGCUUUUGACAUCAUACGAAAAAAAAACUUUUAUUUGUAUAGCACAUUUCAACAACAAGGCAAAUGCUGCUUCUGCUGUUUAGUUUUAACUGGGAACAGAAAGUAGACCAUGCUGUAAAGACCUGAGAACUGGAGUGAUGUCAUCCAUAGAUUUCAAUAACUGGAGCUUCUUGAGCAACAUGUUUGAUAAAUCUCAGGCUCGCUAAAUAUCUCCCUUCCUGUAUGUGCUUUUUAACCUUAAUUCAAAUGAUGACUUUUAUUCAGGAUAAUUUUCUGAUCAAUGUCUUUAUAUGUGAUUAUCUUUAAUGAUCAAUGAUGUAACCAUUUGUUUUGUUUUUUCUGUCUCAGUCCAGUAAUAUCUAUAAUAAUAUCUCGCUAUUUUAAGGAUGUUCAGGGCUAGUUUUUUCACUUUCACCCAAUUGGACACUCUCUCCAGGUCUUGAAUCAACGUGAUUGCAAGUUCUUAGCUGCAUAGCGUUGUGUCGUCUGCAUACAUUACCUUUUUGGCAUUCUUAUUUGACAAAGGGACAAUAGAACACAAUAGAAAAGAGUAAAGGGCCUAAGCAACUUCCUUGUGGAACCCCACAGCUAACAUAUCUACAGUCAGAUAAACUGCCAUAAUAAAGAAAGAUAACUGACCAUCCAAGCCAGGGCCAUAAUACUAAAUCCAUAACGUUUAAGUCUAAUAGUCAUCAGUUAGCUGAGCAAGGGCAGCUUCUGUCGAGUGAUUCUGUCUGUAUGCAAGUUUCAAAGUUUCCUCGAAAAAACAAUCAAUGCUUUCAUUUCUUUGACCGGACAUCGUCAUUAGAUACACCCCCGAACAACAGCAGCAGUGGCUCCCGCCUGCUCUAAACCACAGGUCAUGAGGAAAUGCUCUAUUUGGAGAUAUAGUUUCAUGCAUCUUCGCCAAAACUGCAGGUAUCACACAGCUCAUUAGCUUGGCACCACUUAAAUGUGUUACUUUAAAGAAUCACACAUAUGUUAUAAAGUCAAAAAGAAGACCCGUGAUCAUAUGAUAACAUGUGACAGUGUGGAAGAAUUCAUGAUCACAUGUAUGGGAUCUGUAACCAUCACAUGAGUUUGACAUUACAGAAAGGAAACAACACCAGCUUCCUCUUCUGUGUGAUGGACUCCUCCUCAAGGAGUCACGUUGACAAUCCUCACAGAACUGCCAGUAUCGCUGGUGUUGACAAUUGUGAAUCCAUCUACCGCUUUUGUUUAGAGGUGUAACUGCCUCGGCCUUUAACAGAGAACAACAGCCGCAACCACAUUCUCUCAUUUCCUCCUUCGCCAGAAACCAACAUGAAGAUGUCUGAUGCUCUUUGUAUUUCUGGUUCGUUCUUUGGGUCUACAGAGGGACAGCAAGACUGUGGUUCAUGUUACCUGAUAAAUAUGGGGUCUGUGUUGGGCAUUUUUGCCUCUGAUAUCAUCUUGACCGUCCUCAUCGGCAUUUCUGUGUUCUGUUUUGCGACUCACAACAAGAAAAGGAGGGAGUGUGAUUCUCGUGAUGGUAAAAGAAAUAUUCCAUCAUCGUCAUCAAAGAAAAUGUCAGCAGAAGUCACAGAAUCUCCCUACCAGGAGUUACACGGAGUCCAAUCAGAUGUGUACACUGAGCUUCGGCCCUUUAGGAAAAUAAACAACAGAAAUAUGAAGAUCUGAACAUUGCUCUCUCUGCAAGCAAUAAUACCCCACACAUCUGUGUGUGUGUGUGUGUGUGUGUGUGUGUGUGUGUGUGUGUGUGUGUGUGUGUGUGUGUGUGUGUGUGUGUGUGUGUGAGAGCCACUUAUACGCCCGCAGCACUAACAUAUGUGUAUUGUGCAUGUUGUAUUAAGUAUUGUGUUGUAUUGAAUGUGAUGUUCACUGCAAAACAUUCUUGUUUUUUUCUCAAGCUGUAUUCAAAUGUGUUUUUAUAUUUAAAUAAUUAUAAAUUAAACUACCUUUUAAAAUCAAGUGAAUUAAAAAAUAUGCAUUAAUUAGAUUUUCUUUUUUUCUGUAUUUAUAUUCUGUGAGAUUACCUAUGCAUUUUCAAACUACAGUAAAC